AUGGCGCAGACCGUCGUAGACAUAGCGCAACUUCUCCACGUCCGCGAUAUCCGGUCGCCCAUCGAGGGCGAACAUCCCGGACGAGCUGAUCUCGUGGACCGGGCUUGCACCGGCGGUAGCGCUAUCGGGGGUUCUCGUCACCGGCUUCACAAUGGGCAUCCACUGGUGUCCCCGCCUCGUCCCCCUGGAUGCCUACAUCGAACCCCUGGCCCAGCGUUGCCGGCACUUCUCGAAUAUCUACAUAGUACACUUCCCUCGUCCUCCAAGCCGCGCUCUGUGGGUGGGACGACUUGUGCUGUUCGUGCCUUCUCCCACGCCGACGGCUCGGCUCGUCCCGUUCCAAACGCUCAUAGACUUGGUAUGGCACGCCGUGCGACGGCUGACGUUGACAUCUUUGAGGAGGAGGGCUUCUACACUUCUACUAUCGACGUUGAGCCCAUUCGCACCCGCAUUCAUGCCUAUCUGACACGAGAAGAGCGGGAGCUCUACACCCCCAAUACGUUCUUCGAUGCCGACGGCCGCUUCUCCGCCGCCCCGUCCGCGGGUGGCACGCUAGAGAUCAGCGUCCAGGCCCUUAGUUUGUCGAGACACCCUGGUGACGUCUCUGACUUCGACGAGUAUCGCCGCUACUUCCCAGGGCAGUGGUGCCCGAUGGUGACCGUCAUCGGAUCCGUGCCAUUGCCCAGCGACAACACCAGCGACCCUUCUGAACCUCGCCGCUUUAAGGUGGACAGCUCAAGCUCGACUCAGACCCUGCUCGCCUGGCCUCACCCUAGCACCGGCGCGGCUCCCGCUCGCCCCGGCGUCGUCUUCCCACACCCGCAAGGGUAG